AUGGCCUUCGCCGGCCAAACGCCCACCAUCGUCGUGCUGAAGGAGGGCACCGACGCUUCCCAAGGAAAGGGUCAAAUCAUCUCCAACAUCAACGCCUGUAUUGCUGUGCAGUCCACAGUCAAGAGCACCCUCGGCCCCUACGGUGGUGACCUCCUGCUUGUUGACAGCAAUGGCAAGCAGACCAUCACAAACGAUGGAGCCACUGUGAUGAAGCUUCUGGACAUUGUCCACCCCGCCGCCCGUAUCCUCACGGACAUUGCCCGAUCCCAAGAUGCCGAAGUCGGUGACGGUACAACUUCCGUCGUUGUCCUAGCUGGUGAGAUUCUCAAGGAGGUCCGAGACCUCGUCGAGCAAGGUGUUAGCUCGCAGACCAUCAUCAAGGGUCUGCGGAGAGCCAGCGCCAUGGCGGUCAACAAGAUCAAGGAGAUUGCGGUGGAGAUGAUCGAGUCGGCAGGAAGCGAGGAAAAGAAGAAUGAGACUCUCCGGCGACUAGCUGGAACCGCCAUGAACAGCAAGCUUAUCAAGCGGAAUCAGGAGUUCUUCACAAAGAUGGUUGUCGAUGCGGUUCUCACUCUAGACCAGGACGAUCUCAACGAGAAAUUGAUCGGUGUGAAGAAGGUGACUGGUGGUGGUCUCCAGGAAUCUCUUUUCGUCAACGGUGUCGCCUUUAAGAAGACCUUCUCCUACGCCGGUUUCGAGCAGCAGCCCAAGUACUUCACGAACCCCAAGAUCGUUUGCCUGAAUGUUGAGUUGGAAUUGAAGAGCGAGAAGGACAAUGCGGAGGUCCGCGUGGAGCAAGUCUCCGAGUACCAGGCUAUUGUCGAUGCGGAAUGGCGGAUCAUCUAUAACAAGCUGGAGGCUGUCUACAACACCGGGGCCAAGGUUGUUCUCAGCAAGUUGCCCAUUGGUGACCUUGCCACACAAUACUUCGCGGACCGUGACAUUUUCUGUGCUGGUCGUGUCUCAUCCGACGACAUGGACCGUGUUUGCCAGGCCACCGCUGCCGCCACCCAGUCGACAUGCACCGACAUCCAGGAGCGUCACCUCGGUACCUGCGGCGCCUUCGAGGAGCGCCAGAUUGGUGGAGAACGUUUCAACGUCUUCUCCGAGUGCCCUGCCGCUAAGACAUGCACUCUCGUCCUGCGUGGUGGUGCUGAGCAAUUCAUUGCUGAGGUUGAGCGCAGUCUGCACGACGCUAUCAUGAUUGUCAAGCGCGCCCUGCGCAACACCACCAUUGUUGCCGGUGGAGGUGCCACCGAGAUGGAGCUGUCAAGCCACCUGCAUGGCUACGCCGACCGCAAUGUCCCCCACAAGCAGCAGGCCGUGGUCAAGGCGUUUGCCAAGGCUCUGGAAGUUAUUCCCCGCCAGCUUUGCGACAAUGCUGGUUUCGACGCGACUGAUAUUCUGAACCGCUUGCGCGUGGAGCACCGUAAGAACAACGUUUGGGCCGGUGUUGACUUCGACAACGAGGGUGUCCGUGAUAACAUGGUCGCUUUCGUGUGGGAGCCCAGCCUGGUCAAGGUCAACGCGAUCCAAGCGGCCGUGGAAGCAGCAUGCUUGAUUCUCAGUGUCGACGAGACAAUCAAGAACGAGGAAUCUGCCCAGCCUGGAAGCGGUCCCCAGCGCGGUAUGCCGCCUGGUGCUGCACAGCGUGCGCUCCGUGGCCGUGGUCGCGGAAUGCCUCGUCGAUAA